AUGAAGUCGUAUUUCCGGUUGUAUCUUCUGGCGUUUGCAUGUUCGUUGCUCGGGUCGCUGUCGCUGGGGAUUCUGGCCCUGUUUUCCAUCUUCACGCAGCCGUUACAACGCCAGCUACAAUACUCGCAGUCUGCAAUCAACAAGGUUAUCAUUGCGCAAACAGUGGGACUAAACGGGUUCACCCCACUCUGUGGACUCAUCGCCGACCUGAAGGGAACCUGGAUCCUCAGUCUGCUGGCCUUGGCCUGCUACACCAUGGGAUUCUCGCUAAUCUUGCUAGUAUACAACAAUAGGAUCCUGGACCCAACCCCCGUGUAUUUCAGUUUUUUCGUGAUCGGAUGCGCUCACGGCUCACUCUUGUUCAGUUGUCUGCUAAACUGCGCGCGUUCAAUGGGCAAACACUACAAGACCCUGGCAAUUGGAACUCCAAACCUCAUGGUUGCUUUUUCCACGUUUCUCCAGAUCCACGUGCUAAAGCUCUAUUUUGAUGAUCCCGAUCCCACGAUCGCGUUCCAGAAGACGCUCAAGUUCUUCCUCUACUCGCUGUCGGCCAGCUCGGUGUUUUCCAUGAUCGGUUGCAUGAUCACCGACAGAACAGAGAAAAAAGAGCUCCAAGUUGACCAUUUCAGCAACUUUGACGCAUCACCCCUGCUUUCGGGAGCAGGAGUGGUUCUCGCAUCUCCCCCCGGAUCACCGUUCUCGUUCAGAGCAACGGAGGAUCUCGAAUACGUCCAAUUGGAUGACCAGAUCUCGGUCUCCAGUAGAACGUACCAGCAAAAAAUCGUCACUUUCCUCACAAGUCCGCUAAUGUACCCACUUAUUAUAGCAUUCUUCAUGUCCAUUGGAGCCACAGAAUUCUUCCUGACCAACCUGAGCACCAUUCUCAGCUCUCUGCAUCAAAACACUCUAGACGAAAAGCUCCAGGUCUACUCGAUAUCGUCCACUGUUGCCCGGUUCGCCAUCAUGCUGCUCACAGACUAUGUUUGUAUGACGUUCCGUAUCUCCAGACUUAGCAUAGUCUCUGCGGUGAUCAUCCUGUGCGGUCUGGGCCACUUCUACCUGUCCUGUUGGCCGAUAUCGACUCUGCACUUAAACGUGAUUGUGGUUCUGAACUCAAUCCUCAACUCCAGUUUAUAUACCCUGUUUCCGGCCAUCCUCGCCUCCAUAUACGGCCUGGAAAUCUUGGGAACAACGUACGGGAUCUUCUCGUGCUCCUCCAUCAUCGGAAACCUGCUGCUCAAUCUGGCUUACAGCGCAGACUACACUAAAAAUUGCCUGGAAUCGUCCCAGGACAACCUGGUCAUCUGCACAACUGGGGGUCAGAACUUGAUCAAGACCUCCUCCACCACAGUGAGCACUAUGAACGUCCCGAACGACGACAACGACGACAACUUGUGUCCGGUGUGCGGGAUCGAUCUGUCGCGCGAGACAGAUCUGGGCCGUGAAGAGCACAUCAACAGCUGUCUAUACAAUCUGGAGUUCUCUGGGUCUCCAGAUUCCAAGAGACACACCAACCGGAUGCUUGUGUACACGCUGGAAUCCAACACACAUGUCAACGAGGACAACGAGUGUGUGAUCUGUUUUGAGGAGUUCAACGUGGGGGAUAAAGUGGGGAGGUUGGAGUGUCUGUGCUGUUUCCAUUACAAAUGCAUCAAGGAUUGGAUCAAUCGCAAAGGAGCGUGUGAAUGCCCCGUCCACGCCGUCGCAACAGAAACAUGA